CGACUACUGUCUCUCCACCCCCAUCAACAUGAAGUUUUUCUUCGCUGCUCUUGCGCUUGCUCUCGUCUCCUCUGUCGCUGCUCAUGACGGUCAUGAGCACGAGGACCAGAUGCCCUUUGGCUAUGUCAAGGGCCCCCUGGACACCUUCCGCGGCUUCAACGACGAGGUCACUGCGGACUCGAUCUUCUCGGGCAUCACCACCUUUGCCAAACUGCCUUGGGUUCAGUGCCUCGGCCGCGAGAGCGAUAUCCCCUUCGACAUUGCGUUCCUCGGCGCACCCUUCGACACAGCUACCAGUUACCGCCCGGGUGCCCGAUUCGGCCCUUCCGGCAUCCGCGAGGGCAGCCGUCGUCUGACGCUCUACGGCGGCUAUAACGUGCCGCUCAAGAUCAACCCUUUCAAGUCGGGCCUUCGCAUCGUCGACUGCGGCGAUAUUCCUGUCACCCCGUACGACAACAAGCAUGCCAUCCAACAGAUCGAGGAUGGCCACAAAGCUCUCCUGCAACGCCAGGCUUUCUCGCCUCUGGGCAACAGCUCUCUCACCGGGCAGCCCCUUGUCCCGUUCUCGCUCGACGGCAAGCACCAUCCGCGCAUCAUCACCCUGGGCGGGGACCACACCAUCGUCCUCCCGCUCCUGCGCUCCAUUAACUCGGUGUACGGCAAAAUCUCCGUGAUCCACUUUGACUCACAUCUCGGCAAGUUGAACUUCGCUCGCACCUCGCGUCACGGCUCACCUCGCUGCAGACACGUGGAAGCCCUCAGUCUUCGGUGGCGCGCCGAGCGACCAGGCCGCGAUCAACCACGGCACGUACUUCUACUGGGCCAGCCAGGAGGGCCUGAUCAGGAACGGAUCAUCAAUUGCAAGUCUUCGUCUCCCCUCCUCCCCUUCCUCCCCUUUCCGUUUCCCCACGGGGCCAUCCGCACGACCCUGAGUGGCCCGGAGGACUACGAAAACGACGACGCCUCGGGCUUCCAGCGCAUCGAGGCUCGUGAAAUCGACACCCUCGGCACUGCCGGGAUUAUUUCCAAGAUUCGGGACACCGUCGGGGACGGCCCCGUCUAUCUCUCCAUCGACAUUGACAGCAUCGACCCGGCGUUCGCACCGGCCACCGGUACCCCAGAGACAGGCGGCUGGUCUACCCGGGAGCUUCGCACCAUCCUUCGGGGCCUCGAGGGAUUGCACAUCGUCUCGGCAGACAUUGUUGAAGUCGCUCCCGCGUAUGACACCAACGCGGAGCUUACGACAAUGGCCGCUGCAGACAUUCUCUUCGAGGUUAUGAGUGUGAUGGCGAAGACUCCCCUGGGAAAGAUCCAGGCCUGAGGCGCCGAUUCCAGUUAUGAAUCUACGUCGAAUCGAAUAUAGUUCGUUACGCCCCUUUAUGUUUUCUUCUGUACACGAAUUUCAAAGUUUGAACGAUC